UCACAACUUCCUGUUUACAUAAAUAUCAAAAUGCUGAGCCUGGUUGCAUUUAUAUUCCUUUCGAAAUAACUGAAACAGCUACGUCUGUUCCAAACAGACUGGUUUUCAGCUAUGGGAUUUUGGGUGUGGAGUUAUUUUCUGAUUUGGCUGUAACAGAAAUUUUAAUCUUACUACCUCACCUCAAACUGCUGCCUUGUACAUCUACAGUACCAUUCUGUUAACUGAAGCAGUUGUGUGCUAUAAAAAGUAACUAUGGCAAUGGAAUCUGAAGUGUUGGACCAUACUUUAUGUCAGGAAAUGGCCAAAUAUGUUGAGGAAUUAACCACCAGUGGAAGACCAGCCUUAAAUCCUGAUAUAAUGAAAAGUUUCAAGAAAAUUUGCAGAGUAUCAUCUUUGUAUUGUGAACAAGCAUAUCACCUAUUGAUCACUCAGCUUGAGAAAGGACAUUCAGAGAUAAGACUGUCAGCUUUCCAAAUGAUAGAGGAAUUAUUUAACAGAUCCCACUGCUUCAGAGAACUACUCAUUUCUAACUUUCAGCAUUUCUUAGAACUUACAGUUGAAACAGAUUAUGAUAAUCCUUUACCUCCACCAAAAGCAGCCAGUGAUUUACUUAAGUCUAGUGCUUACUCAGCCAUUCAGAAGUGGUAUGAUAAGUUUGGGGAAGAAUACAAAAGGCUCACUCUUGGAUUCAAUUUCCUGAAAACUUGCAAGAAGGUUGAUUUUAAUGGCAUUAGAUCAAGAACUGAACUACAGCAAAGACAAGAAAAGGAAAAAGAGGAGAAACUGAAGAAAAUUGCCAAAGAAAGAAUGGAGAAGACAUUACAACAAAUGAAUGAAAUGCUAGAAGACAUCAAGAAUACUAUAACAGAAGCAAAAACCGGUUUCCAGUUGAUAUUACCUAGUCCUGAUGAUUUUUUCAUCGAGACUGAAGAGAAUGACACAAGUUCAAUAAAAAAAUCAUGUGUUGAGAAUAGUAGAACUGAAACCUGUUCAGUGACAGAUGGUGAAUCAUCAACAUGUUUAGUUGUUGAUAAAGUGACUACAACAACCAACAAUGACCUGACGUCUUGUUCGAACAGUAAUCAACCAGAAUGUGAGAUGAAAGAUUCAUCAGACUUAGUAAUUAAUAAUAUAUCUACAUGUAAAAAUGACAAUGAUAAUAUCAGUGGUACAUUAACUAGUAAAAUUGAAAGUGAAAAUUGUUGUGAUGAUUUAGCUACGGGUGAUAAAACAAACAGUUCUUCCAACAAGGGAAGUAAUUCUGUCAACAAUGAAUCUGAAAGUGAUGAAAAUUGUUCUGGGAAUGAAGUGGACGAUGAUUGUGAAAGUGAUGAGGAAGAGAACGUCCUACAGGAACAUGGGCUACACAGUUUUAAAUACAAUCUGUCUAUAGAUAUGACACCAGGUGUUGUGUCACUGCAGGAAACAGAUGAUAACAAAGACCUUCUACAGACUCUAAAAGAUCAUUAUAGACUGAUUGUUACUAAAUAUAAACCAACUGUCAACAAAUGGAUACAGAAUUUGACAAAGUAUGGAGAUAAAGAAGAUCUUACAAAGAGCGUGAUAGAUGUUAAAACAGACCUGGAUAGUUUAUUGUCUAAGUAUAACGAGAUGAAUAUUAUACCUGAUGAUAAACCAGAAGAGAUGGGAGAAGAUGAUAGUGAUGAUGACUUUGAAGAUGUUCCUGAGAAAGAAGGAUAUGAACCAAUAAUACCUCCACACAAAAGAGCUGAAUAUGGAUUAGAACCAUUGCCAACAAGAUCUGAGACUGUUACACAACAUCCAAAAGCUAGUACAAGCAGGAAUACCUCUGGUUUCUGGAGUCUGUCUAAAACAAUAGAACAGAAACCUGAAAAUGAUCCAACCACAAUGAAAGCUAACUUUGUUCGUUUAUUACAACAAUCUUCUGGUACACCAGCAACAGCAACAUGUACCCAGCCUAACCCUAAAGUACCGUUAACAAUCACUGGAGACUCACAAAAAGACAAACUAUUGGAGAAGGCCCCAAUAGUACCUUAUGGUGUAGACUUAGAACACUGGGAAAACCCAGACAAAAUGGAAGCUCCUUUAGUUGUUAAAUAUGAUUGGCUAAAUACAGUGUGGGCAUAUACUGAACGUGAUAACGGGGAAUCAAAAGCUGACCAAGAUGGUUUGGCAGCACUUAAGAAUAGAAGCAUAAGUUUUGUAGGAAAAUUUGAACCUGUGAAGUGGAAAUGUAGAGCUCCUUUGCCUAAUGGAAAGUUUUGUGAAAGAAUGGACAGAUUUAAGUGUCCAUUUCAUGGAAAGAUAAUAGCCAGAAACGACUCGGGACAGCCAACUGACCCAAAAGAUAUAGCCUCUCUGUCUAGUCAACAUGAUGAUAUUGAUAUAACAAGCAAUGACCAGUCCUACUGGAGGGAUCCAGAACUUGAAGCCGAUAUUGAAGCAGCAUUAGGGAUAGACCUAGGCUCUAGUAAAGGUAAAAAGAAAGGGAAAGGUAAAGGCAAAGGAAAACAGAAAAAAUAUCCAAACUUAACAGACAUUACAGAGGUUAAAAAUACGUCAAGGAAUAGAUUGGAGAAGAAGAUAUUUAAAAGAUCUACAAUGAAAAGAGUUGCAGCUGACUUGGAUGAAUUGGACAAUAAAAAGGCCAGAGAUAAAUUUGGAAAUCAGUUUGUAUAUCAGAUGUCUCAACGAUGAAUGACAUACCAAAGUAUAUAUUUCAUGGAUGAACAAUUUACCAUGGUAAAUCACAUGUUACAAAGAUGAAUGAUUUACCAAAGACUACUCUUAGUCUGUCACUGUUAAAGACUUUUGUGUAAUGUAAUGGAUUUGAAACUUGAGAAGGGCUAUUGGCAGAUAUAGGGAUUGUUGUGAAUUACUGAGAAACUCCCUCAAUUAUCUUAUUUUGAAUAUAAUACAAUUUGGGCCCCAGUCCACAGUUUUUAUGCUUAAUGACUCUUUUUUCAAUUUUGUCUUUUGUAUUAGUUAUUUUAUGCAAGUUAAUGUAUCCGUAAAUAUCACUUACCUUUUGCCACAUAAAUUGUAGACCAAGUCAGGAAGAUGACAGUCGUUUUCCAUUCAUUUGAUGUGUUUGAGCUUUUGAAUUUUCCUUGGAGUUCAGUAUUUUUGAUAUUUUUACUUUUUAAUACAGUGGUAGACAGAAAGGAAUAGAAAAAAAGAGGAAGAAAUAACUGGUGAAUUGGAAUCAACAGAACUGGAAGAAAGAUUUCUUAGAGACAUAUAUAAUCAAUACUAUCUCAGACAUUCCUUUACACAGAAGUCGUAGUAGUUAUUCUGUUAAUGAUGGUUAAACACUAAAGUUUAUUGUAAAAUAUUUGUUUAUAUUUAUUUGGAUCAGAUUAUACUGGAAGAAUUUUUAUAUUAAAAUGAAUAAGAUCAGUAAACGGUAAUAAACUAUCAUAUGUGAUGAAAUUGCCAUAGUUUUAUUUUA